AUGGCUGAGCGCCGGAUGGUCACGUCCGCCAUUGUAGCUGAAGAAGAAACAAUGACCCAUGUGAUCAAGAUAGAUGGGUACUCAAGAACCAAGGAGCUGCUUAAGGCUGGCAAGUGUACAACAUCUAUCCCUUUCAUUGCCGGAGAUAAUAUCUGGGUUGUGAACUAUUUCCCAAACGGUAACAGCAAGGCAGAUGAUUACAUACCUGGGUACGUAUCUGUUUUUUUGGCUCUUCAGUCAGCUGAUGCCAAGAAUGUGCAGGCGAACUUCACCUUUAGUUUACUUGACAAGGGUGGAGAACCAGUGUGCAUCAAAUGUGAGGCAGAAAAUCGUAUCUUCCGGCGCAAAGGUUCAAAUUGGGGUUUCACUACGUUUAUUGAGCAGGGAGAUUUGGAAGAAUCGGUGCAUCUAACAGGUGAUAGUUUCAGGCUCAGGUGCGACAUCACCGUCCUGAAAAAGAUCCGCAGUGAAGAGACCAGCCCCAAUCAGUUUGUCGUGAUUCCUCCAAGCAACUUGCAUUGCCAGCUCGGCGACCUCCUGAAAAACAAGGAUGGGGCAGAUGUGGCCUUUCGAGUCGGCGGCGAGAUAUUCUCGGCUCAUAGGUCCGUGCUCGCUGCUCGUUCACCGGUCUUCAAGGCGGAGCUCUUUGGCGCCAUGAGGGAGAGAGCCAGUGAUCCGAUUGAAAUUCUUGAUAUAGAAGCUGAUGUGUUCAAGUCCCUGCUCCAUUUCAUCUACACGGACUCACUCCCUGAGAGCACUAAUGAAGGUACAACACAAGUUGAUGUUGUGACAGCCAGCCAUCUACUUGUAGCGGCGGACAGGUACGACAUCGAGAGGCUGAAGCUGAUAUGCCAAGACAAGUUAUGCAAUCACAUUGGCACCAAAAUGGUUGCCACUAGUUUGGCUUUGGCUGAGCAGCAUAACUGCCAGGGACUCAAGGAGGCUUGCUUUGAGUUCCUUGCUUCUCCUUCCAAUCUGGAGGCAAUGAUCGCAAGUGAUGGUUACCAACAUCUCAAAAGCAGUUGCCCGUCUGCUCUGAAAGAGCUCAUUGCUAGAUUCUUGCCUGUUGAGCUGAUACCAGCCAUGGAUACUAUCAGGUUAAUUUGA